CGUGACGGAAUGAAGCAAUCCUGGUCCUCCUCUUCCAGCAAUUUCCUGGAAGCAUCGCUCCCAAGAACUCCUGCUCCAACAGCUCCUCUUCCACCUGGGAGGAAAUGAAGAUCCACCACAUGAAGUGGUGCGAGACAAAUCAGAAAUGAAAAAAGCACUAAAGUAAGAGAGAGAAAGAAUAACAAGAAGUGUCAGUGAUGGCAGGAUCCAUAUGGGGCCUCUUGGUUUUUUUUUUUUUUGGGCAGCAAGGGGAGAAAUGCCAGCUGGAUUUCUUUCUGGAUCCUGUAAAGAUGGCUGAUGUUUUGCAGCCAGAACCCAACAGCCUGCAGAUACCAAGUGACAAUAUGCCGGCCCCUCCUUCUUCACCUGGCGCCACCAGAAAUGACUGCAGCAUCACACCCCUUACACCCUCGCCGUCACCUCGGGUGGAGAUCAGACCAAAGAUGGCCUGUGCGUUUUCAGUUGUCGUGGCGAUAGACUUUGGGACGACCUCCAGUGGCUACGCGUUCAGCUUCACGCAGGAUUCUGAUGUCAUACACAUGAUGAAGCGCUGGGAGGGCGGAGACCCUGGGGUGGCCAAUCAGAAGAGCCCGACGUGUUUGCUGCUGACCCCUGAUUUGCGUUUCCACAGUUUUGGGUUUACAGCGCGGGAUUUCUACCACGACCUGGAUCCUGAGGAGGCCCGACACUGGCUGUACUUCGAUAAGUUCAAGAUGAAGAUCCAUAGCACGAGUGAUCUCACCAUGGAGACGGAGCUGGAGGCAGUGAACGGUCGGAGGGUGAGGGCCAUUGAGGUGUUUGCUCACGCGCUGCGUUUCUUCAGGGAGCAUGCCCUGAAGGAAGUGAAGGAGCAAUCAUCAUCUAUGCUGGAAGAAGAAAUCAGAUGGGUGAUCACCGUCCCUGCUGUGUGGAGACAACCUGCCAAACAGUUCAUGAGAGAGGCCGCCUACCGGGCUGGCCUGGUAUCUCCCGAUUCCCCCGAGCAGCUCCUCAUCGCAUUAGAACCAGAGGCUGCGUCCAUUUACUGCCGUAAACUGCACCUCCAUCAGAUGAUUGACCUGAGCCUGCAGCCAAUCACAAAUGGCUUGGAUCUGGACGGGUCCCGCCCCUUCGACUCCAGCUUCAGACAAGCCCGGGAGCAGUUGAGACGAUCCAGACAUAGCAGGACCUUCCUGGUGGAGAGUGGAACCGGAGAGCUGUGGUCAGAACUGCAGACCGGGGACAGGUAUAUUGUCGCAGAUUGCGGCGGGGGUACAGUCGACCUGACCGUCCAUCAGAUCGAGCAGCUGCAGGGAACUCUUAAAGAACUUUACAAGGCUUCAGGUGGUCCGUACGGUGCUGUCGGAGUGGACCUGGCUUUUGAAGCCAUGCUGUGCCAGAUUUUUGGUGAGGACUUCAUCCAGAACUUCAAAACCAAGCGUCCGGCAGCCUGGGUGGACCUCACUAUCGCCUUUGAGGCAAGGAAACGGACUGUGGCACCAGGCAGAGCGAACGCCCUCAACAUCUCGCUGCCCUUCUCUUUUAUAGACUACUACAAGAGGCACAGGGGCCAGAGUGUGGAGGCCGCCCUGAGGAGGAGCAAUAUGAACAUAGUCAAGUGGUCAUCUCAGGGGAUGCUGCGGCUCAGCCAGGAGGCCAUGAACGAGCUCUUCCAGCCCACCAUCGUCAACAUCGUAAAACACAUUGAAGAGCUGAUGGUGAAGCCUGAGGUGCGCGGCGUGCGUUUUCUUUUCCUGGUCGGGGGUUUUGCAGAGUCUCCAAUGCUCCAAAGAGCGAUGCAGAAAGCGCUGGGGCGGUCGUGUCGCAUCAUCAUACCCCACGAUGUUGGUCUGACCAUACUGAAGGGUGCCGUACUUUUCGGGCUGGAUCCCACCGUGGUCCGAGUGCGCCGAUGCCCUCUGACUUACGGCGUCGGAGUCUUGAACCGAUUCGUGGAGGGACGCCACCCUACUGAUAAACUCCUCAUCAAAGAUGGUCGCGAGUGGUGCACAGACAUCCUCGACCGCUUCGUCUCCGUUGACCAAUCGGUGGCCCUCGGUGAAGUGGUGAGGCGGAGCUACACACCCGCUCGCCUGGGCCAGCGGAAGAUCAUCAUCAACAUCUACUGCAGCGCAACAGAUGACGUCACAUACAUCUCCGACCCUGGAGUCAGGAAAUGUGGAACGAUCACUUUGGACCUCCCAGAACAGUUACCGCUCACAGGAGCAGCGGGAGGAGCAUCAGGAGCAACAGAAGAGAGAAGGGAGAUCAGGGCAAUGAUGCAGUUUGGUGACACUGAGAUCAAAGUCACUGCUGUUGAUGUCAUGUCGAACCGCUCUGUCCGAGCCUCCAUAGACUUUUUAUCCAACUAAAAACAAUCUCAAUGAUGCUUCGUAGCUUUAAAAGCGGUACUUUGGGAGAUUGGCCCCAUACUGUUGAACGGAGAGGGCUGUUUUGAGUUCGGAACCGGCCUUCAGACUCUUGACUCCUGGCUUCGCUUUGUCACGUCACACCAUAUAAAAGCCAGCACAGGCAUUUCCUGCCCUUACAGUAUUCCAAGGAACACUUGUGUAAACUUGGAGACCUCAUGCACACAGACUGUGGACAAUUCUUCAAGC